UAGGAAGCGGAUCCGCCGGUGGGUCAAUUUUAUCGCCCCACCGCGGCGCUGUGUUUAAUUUAAUCUCCUCCAGCAGCAGCAGCGGUGCGUUUCGGAAGGAGCAGAGCUGCGGAUCCACCAUGAGGGCUCUCUGCCUCCGGCUGACCGCAGAAACCGAGCUAAGGGACAGCCGGGCAUCUCCGCUCCAGCGUCUGCAGUGAUUAGACCGACUUCCACACCGCAGUAACUCCGCUAUAGUGCACCGCGGGGAUGCGUAGUGAUGUCUAGUGCUGCUGCGUGGUGGCCAUUUGGAUUAAACACAGCAUCCCGCAUUAAUAUCCGUGUGUUUUCGAAAUGACGGGGGACACGAUUUACAGCCUGCGCAGAGACACGGCUCACAGCGAGCACCAGAACACACUGGAACCGCUCCAGAUCUCAGCAGCAGCAGAGCGACUGAAAGGAGGCAACAACAACCACGUCUACAACAACAACAACAACCAGUGCAGGCAGAGCAGCAAGAAGAGCCCCGCCGUCGGUGUGACUGCCUCGUCCGGAUUCCCCGUCCAUGAGUGUGUUUAUAAGGGCGACGUGCGGCGGCUCUCCUCGUUAAUCCGCACUGAAAACAUCGCCCAGAAGGACGUACACGGAAAUACACCCCUCCACCUGGCUGUGAUGUUGGGUCAUAAAGAGUGUGCACAUCUGCUUCUGGCCCACAAUGCACCUGUGAAAGUGAAGAAUGCCCUCGGGUGGAGCCCCCUUGCCGAGGCCAUCAGCUAUGGGGACAGACAAAUGAUCACAGCGUUACUGCGGAAGCUGAAACAGCAGUCUAGAGAAAACGUGGAGAACAAAAGGCCUCGGCUGCUCAAAGCACUGUGGGAGCUUGGGGACUUUUACCUGGAGCUGCACUGGGACUUUCAGAGUUGGGUGCCUCUUCUAUCGCGAAUUUUGCCAUCCGAUGCCUGCAAAAUCUACAAGCAGGGACUCAAUAUCAGGUUAGACACCACACUUGUGGACUUCAGUGACAGGAAGUGCCAGAGAGGCGACCUCAGCUUCAUCUUUAACGGAGAAGCACCACCUGCCGAGGCCUUCAUCGUCCUGGACAACGAACACAAGGUGUACCAGAGAAUUCAUCAUGAGGAUACGGAAAUGGAUACAGAGGAGGAGGUGGAUAUUCUGAUGAGCAGCGAUAUCUACUCAGCCACUCUCUCCACCAAGUCCAUCUCUUUCGCCCGCAGUCAGAUCGGCUGGCUCUUCAGGGAGGACAAGACGGAGAAGGUAGGGAACUUUGUGGGAGAUUUCUACACAGUGAAGGGUCUGGUUUUGGAGUCCAGGAAGAGGCGAGAACACCUCAGUGAGGAGGACAUUCUGCGCAAUAAAGCCAUCAUGGAGAGCCUGAGCAAAGGAGGCAGUCUUGCAGAGCAGACCUUCGAGCCUGUCAGAAGACAGUCACUCUCUGCCCCUGAGCCCAACACACUGUCCUGGGAGGAAUACAUCUCGGCAGAAGUGGGACAGGCUCCUCCUCUGGGCCGAGAACAGGUGUGUAAGGAGAGCAGGAAAAAUUUCAAGGCGACCGUAGCCAUGAGCCGAGACUUUCCACUGGGCAUCGAAUCCUUGCUGAAUGUAUUGGAGGUCAUUGCCCCCUUCAAACACUUCAACAAACUCAGAGAAUUCGUUCAGAUGAAGCUUCCUCCGGGAUUUCCAGUCAAACUCGACGUCCCAGUGUUUCCGACCAUCACGGCCACGGUGACGUUUCAGGAGUUCCGCUACACUGAGUUUGAAGAGUCCGUCUUCACCAUCCCUGCCGAUUAUAAAGAAGACCCUAACCGAUUCCCUGACCUUUAGCCUCUUGGUUAGCAAUCUAUAAGCCUGUCCCAGAAGGCACACUGAGCCCUGCGGCCCUCCUCCAUGUCCACGCUUUGGUGACGGCAACAAUGUACGGAUGUAUAGCGCUAAAGACCUUUAAGGACAUAAGGGCACUAGGUAUAAAGUGCACAUUUGAGACAGAUCCAUGUGAUAUACAGACUAUGCAUAUACAAUAGGGAAGGACAGAUCUCAGAUCGCCCCCUGCUGUUUGUGGUCAAAACUUAACCGUGUAUUGGAAUUGAUACAAAACAGUAAAUCAAGUUAAUAUUUAAUGUCUUUCGCCAAAAAUAUGUUAUUGUCAUUAUACCUGGUAAAAUAACGGGCGGCAUCAUUGCAUCAUUAGAAACAUGAGGAGUAUUAUGUUCAGUAUUUCGGGUAACGAGCUGGUUUGGGUCAGUUUCAGACAGAA